GGGUAACGACAUCGGAAACACUUCUGGCUUGCAGAAAGGCGGAUCCCCCUCAGACUUGCCUUUCAGAUCUUCUUUUGAGCCUAUAUUUACCUGCCAUUGAUCAUUCAUUCGGUCCCAAAUCCAACUAACAUUGCUGUCUUAAGUAUUAAAACGACAUUGUAUUCAGUCGAGUUCUACGACCGUACUUACUGCGACGACAAGAAGAGUUUUCCAGCUCAAGCCAGCUAACUUUUAACGCACUAGCAUUUAACUUGACAACUCCCCUAUAGCAUAACAGGGAAGGAGCAACACCGGAGCAAACAGGAAGAUGGAAGAUAAAGAAUUGAUGUGGGCAUUGAAGACCGGGGACCUGGAUGAGGUCCAAGCUAAACUGGUAACGGCUGAAGAUGUAAACCGGACCCUAGAAGGUGGGAGGAAGCCUCUGCACUACGCUGCAGACUUUGGUCAAACAGAUGUGGUGGUGUUCCUCAUUUCUAAGGGAGCAGAUAUCAAUGCUCCUGACAAACAUGGGCUCACUCCACUGAUCUCUGCCUGUUUCGAGGGUCACCUCUCCUGUGUCAAGGUCCUGCUAGAAAAGGGAGCUGACAAAGACCGAAAAGGACCGGACGGCAUCAGUGCCUUUGAAGCUGCCGAGAGCGAUGCCAUAAAGGCUCUGCUCAAGUGAGACACCACAGUGUGGGAGGUGGCUGGACAGGUGGGUGAACGGACGGACAGACAGAUGGAUGCAGUGGUCCCCUGACAGAAGAUGGACUUGCCCCCUUUACCCUGAUCAACCUCUGUCUUUACACUGCUUUUGUCUGUUUGUUUGAGGGUCAUUUUGUCUGUCUGGUGAUUUUCCUUUAACUUUUUUUUUUUUUCUUUUCUUGUUUUUGGGAUAGGAUAUUCUCUUCUUUUGGCCUCUGUUUGUAGCCAUUUAACAGAAGUACUUGUCAAUUAUGUCUCCCUUAGGGACCAAACACUGAGGGAGCACUCUCGCACCUGGAUCCUAGAACACUGCUCAAACUAGAAAUCACUCUAAUGUAAACGCAAAGCUUAGCACUUAAAUACACCUCUCUCAUUUGCGGUUUUCUCUUUAAACAGUAAAUAAAUCAAAUGGUAAUAGAUCAAUAGUGUGUAACAUGUUUUACAACUUCAAUAUAAGUAUUGUAUGGCCAGGGUUUAAUCUCAUGAACAGUAAUUGCACUGUACUUUACUAGGUAGAUUGAAAAGAAAGGUUGUAAAGUUUCAUUUUAUUAACCUUUCAUGUGUGACCUCUACUUUGAUUUGUUUUUUUAAUAGACCAAACUGUCCCUCCAAUCCAAUCUUGAAAUUUAGGAAACGUUGGUUGAGAGAGGUCCAGAGGUCAGAUUUUCUACUUGGCAUAUCACUUACAUAUCAAAUGGUGUUUUUGACAAAUUUUACGUUGGAAAUGCAUAAAAGAUAUUCUGUGUUCUUUGACCAAUCACCAUGCUGGCUAACUAGAAAGACUUGAAUGUUGCAGUUUUAAAAAUCUGUUACUGAAUCCCUUUUGAAGCAAUGUUAACAGCAAAUAAUAGAAUAAGGAAUUUGUAAAAUGUGUUCAUUUUGUCAUCCCUGGAGUGAGAUUUCAGAGCGAAAAUUCCCUUUUUGUUGCAGCUUCUCUGUGUAUUUUGUAAUUGAUGGGCUCUGGGGGCUCUGAAUGAUGGGUAAAUAGGGGUUAGAGUUGAAACUGGAUGGUGGGGGCUGUUAGUAUUCCCCUUGCCUUGGAUUCGGUUAGAAGCCCUGCCUGUUUUGCUGCAUGUCAAAAUUGCCUCUGCUUUUACGCUAUGAAAUGGUCGCUGGUCCUCUCUUGGUUGCUUUCAAAUGAAUUACUACAAUGUAAUGGACAAAAAAGAUGCUCUUGCUGACUUUGUUGUGACAAAACGUCUGUAAAAACAGAAAUAAAAAUAUCUAUUAAAAAAUA